AUGGCGGAGGACCUGCCAAGGUUGUCACCUCAAUCUGCUCUGAAGAUGGACCAGCGGAAGACGGCGGCGACGACACAUGUGAGUGCGUCGGACCGAUCUUCCAAGAGUACAGAUGAUCAAGGCGCCCACCUCCUCGCCCUUGGCCGCGGCCGCCGCCGUGCUCGUCGUCGUGUCGGCGUGGGGCGCGGACGCGACGAUCGAACCACGUGCAGGGACGAGGGGCGGGCGACCGGUGCGCGUGUUACGUCCGCGUUCUGCGUGCGCCAGUUCUUGGCGUCCGAGGGCGCGGCGGAGGCGGAUACGUGGGGCCUGGCAAAGACGGCCGUGCUCAUCGGCAUCAACCUCGCCGACGACGCCAUCUUCGACCUCACCCACGGGAAGAUCCUCCCAGAGCCCAAGGACAAGAAGGCCGAGGCGGCCAUGGACGCGUGCGUGAAGGCGUACGACAAGGUGGGCCUGGCCUUCGCGGAGGCUUCCGACGAGCUCAGGGCGCGCCGGUACCCGGCGGCCAAGGAGGAGAUGGCGAGCGUCGCGCCGCUCCUGCAGCGGUGCGACGGCGGGCUCGUCAAGGUCGGGCUCCCGUCGCCGCUGCCCAGGUACAGCGCCGACUGCCUGCAGACGACCAUCAUUGGCAUCGCCAUAACCAACCUCGUCAAGUGA